UGCGAAAAAUUGAGCAUUUCUUAUCACAACCCUUUUUCGUAGCAGAAGUAUUUACCGGUUCUCCAAGGUAAUAUGUUGGUCUAGCAGAAACAAUUUGAGGAUUUCAAUUGAUCCUUUCCAGAGAAUUAGAUGGUCUUUCUGAACAGGCCUUUUAUUUGGUAGGUAAUAUUGAUGAAGCUACCGCAAAGGCUAUGAACUUAGAAAUGGAGAGCAAUUUGAAGAAAUGACCUUAAAUCUUAGUGUACUGACUCCUAAUCGAAUUGUUUGGGAUUCAGAAGUGGAAGAAAUCGUGUUAUCUACUAAUAGUGGUCAAAUUGGCAUAUUACCAAAUGACGCCCCUAUUGCCACAACUGUAGAUAUAGGGAUUUUGCGAAUACGCCUUAACAACCAAUGGUUAACGAUGGCUCUGAUGGGUGUUUUUGCUAGAAUAGGCAAUAAUGAGAUCACUGUUUUAGUAAAUGAUGCGGAGAAGGGUAGUGACAUUGAUCCACAAGAAGCUCAGCAAACUCAUGAAAUAGCAGAGGCUAAUGUAAAAAAGGCUGAAGGAAGGAGACAAAAAAUUGAGGCAAAUCUAGCUCUCUGAUGAGCUAGAACACGGAUGGAGGCUAUCAAUCCGAUUUCAUAACUAGUUAGUACGUUCGAAUAGUAAAAAAAUGUUCUCUUUCUAAUCCUAUUUAGAUUCUGUCGGGUGAAUACAAUUAAAUACAAUCAAACAGAAGCCAAUUUUGAUGCAAAAAUUAAAAUUUAAAAAUGAAAUAGAAAAGAUACAAAAUCA